AUGUGUAGCUCGAGUUUCCCCAAAGGUAGCAGGCUGGCGAUCGCAGAUUUGGGCUGCGCUUCAGGACCUAACACCCUUCUCCUCAUGUCGGAGGUGAUCAAGGUCGUCAACAAGCUUUCCAGGGAGCUAGGCCAGGAAUGCCUCGAGCUUCAGAUCUUCCUGAAUGACCUCCAUGGAAAGUUGGAAACGACUUCAACCAUGUCUUCACCUCCAUUCAAGGAUUCAGGGAAAACAUGA